CUCACAAUCACCAUCUUCUAUAUUUGACACAAGACCAAUCCAACUAAACAGCAACAAGAACGACAAUGGAGUUCACGCCACAGCAGCUUCUCCAAUACAACGGUACCGACCCAUCAAAACCCAUCUACGUCGCGAUGAAAGGCCGCGUGUUCGAUGUGACAACUGGCAAAUCCUUUUACGGCCCUGGUGGUGCGUACGCGAUGUUCGCCGGCAAAGAUGCGAGCAGAGCUUUAGCAAAAAUGAGCAAGAAUGACGAGGAUAUCACUGCUUCUCUCGAUGGUCUGUCCGAGAAAGAGAUGGGUGUUCUUGAUGAUUGGGAGAAGAAGUUCGAAGCUAAGUACCCAGUUGUUGGUCGUGUUGCUUCUUAAAGUUCGGGCCUUUGCCUUAUGAUAAUUAUUAUGGUUAAGCAUAAGCAUAUAAAUCACUGUGUGUUUCUUUUUAUGGGGAUUUUGUGUGCUGGAAUGUCUAAAUUUAGUUGAAAGAUGUUAACUUUGUACUGAAGUUAUGUGGGUGUUGGGUGGGAAGGAUUGUGUAUGAUCCGAACUUGCUGGUAUAGCGAAUAAAUGGAUUAAUAAAAUGAAUGGGGGUUGUGUGAA